AUGCUACAAUCAAAAGAUAACAUCACAAAGAAAUGUGCAGUCAGAGCUGUAUCUAAUCUUUCAUCAUCCUUUGAUACAAAGAAAGAAUCAAGUAUAAAGUUAAUAACAUGUUUAUUGGAUCUCUUGAAAUCAGCAACUUCAGAUCUUUCUCUUAAAGUUUUAAUUUAUAAAUCAUUUUCUAAUUUUUGUAGAAAUGCUGCUACACCAACAACAGCAACAGUUGAUCUCGCUGAAUGGCAGUGGCGCCAACGCGAUAAGUACAACACCAAGAUUGUCAAUGGCGGUGGAAAGAUAUUCCUCAGACAUCUGCUUGAGAAUGCAAAGAGUCGAAAGAUAUCGAUUAUCAAACCGAUCGCUUAUCAGGAGGUGAGUUUCGGUUCGGAACUUGGACACGGUGUUUCCGGAACCGUUUGGAAAGGAACUUGGAAUGGCCAUGUUGUGGCAAUCAAGUAUUACAAUGAGGAUAAUCUUGCUUUUGACGAGCGUGAGUAUCACACGGAAGGAACUUUGCUCACCGUUCUUCAACACCCGAAUAUACUUCAUUGUAUCGGUGGAAGUCCGCAACACAGCAAGAUGUUUAUCGUCUGUGACUACUUGUCGCGUGGAUCACUCAAUCAUUUGAUACACUCAAAGGAAGUACCACUCUCAAACUACAAGAUCGUUCACUUUGCAAUUCAGGCGGCAGCCGGCAUGGAAUAUCUACACUCUCUGGGAAUCAUUCAUCGUGAUCUAAAGUCAGGUAAUCUCCUGAUUGACGACGAUUGGAAUGUGAGAGUAUGCGACUUUGGGCUGUGUAGAAUAGUCGAUCCGCGACGUAUGACAAAAGGAGCGGGUACUGCCUGCUACAUGGCAGUGGAAGUGCUGAAAGGUUCAACGGAAUACUCACAGAAAGCCGAUGUCUUUUCGUUUGGUAUGUUGUUGUGGGAGUGUUUUGCACGUGAGAUACCCUAUCACGAUAAACAACAGAUCGAAUGGGUCAAUAUGGUUCUCGAGGAAGCGUAUCGUCUGCCGAUUCCAGACAAUUGUCCGCCGGAACUCGCCAGUAUUAUCAAGCGUUGUUGGGAUAGCAACCCCGAUUCCAGACCAACAUUUACAGAGAUUCACCAGGAACUCACACAAAUAAGAGAUCGGAUGAAAGCCGAUGGUAUUUUUGAGGUUUUUGAAGCGGCUUCCCCUACCGCUUCCAAUGUUCCGGCGACAUCUUCGAGCAUGUCACCACCAGUUACCGCAGCUUUAUCACUUACCAGUAGUAUGAUAAUACAACCUCCAGAUCUAAACAACAAUAACAAUGAUUCGGAAUCCGAUUCCAAGUCGAACACCGAUGAGGAGAUUAGUAGUUCUCUCUCGAGUGGAACUGGGUCGCCCAUUGGAACGACUUCGCCAACUCCUUCACCCUCAUGGAGAAAAUGGGAAAUGUCAGCACCGGAUCGUCAGAAAACAAAGAGAAUAUCUGCAUUCCGUGUAAACACUUAUUCGGCUCCGCCAUCGAGUGCCACUUCACCGAAAGAUCUCGAGACCGAACCGAUUCCCAUUACCACCGCUGCUAGUGCCAGCACCAGCCCAACCACAGAGGAGAACACAGGCAAGACCGUAACCAAUACAUUCUCAACGCUCUCAACUGACACUUCGGGCAUUCCAUUCUCACUCUCAUCGAACGAAGAGGAGUUUAGUGAUACCUCUUCCUAUAUGAGCAGUGCCGCCGUCUCUGCACUGAGUUCACGCUCCAACUCAACACUCAGCAUGAACGACAACUUUCAUCCGAAUUUUAACCCGUCAGAACUCGACGGACUUCUCAAGAAAUCAGUAUCGGAACAUCAACUCCGCAGCUCGACAACCAACUCUCACCACCAUCACCACUAUUUCAACAACACCAUCAAGCCUAUUCCCAACAGACUGAAACAAAGUAUUACGGCGCCACUCAUGGGCACAACCCGAAUCACCAGUAUCAACAAGAUUGACAAUCAACCAACUUCACCACCAGGACAACAAUCUUGUAUUUCACCACCAAAAUCAGAACCAAUUAAUACUUCACCAAGUAAUUUUAGUAAAAAUAAUAAUAAUGACAAUAAUAAUAAUAAUAAUAACAAUAAUAAUAAGACAACUUCUUUUUCACCACCAACAUCCUACAAAAAGAUCCAGCCAAUUGUAAAGCUUCCAGCAACUUCUGGAAGUAAAAAUAUUACAAACCAAUAA